CAGAUAAGUGGAGGGGAGGCUUCCAUCAAUGAGGCCCCGGAACACAUGCAACGACAUCUGUGUUGAGAUUUAAAGCAGAGUGGGGCCGAUGGUGGAGUUCAGUACAUCAGCGGGCCUUCAGCUGUCCCGCUAAGGGGCUGUCAUCCUGUGAGCGCUAAUAAGCCGCACAGGUUGGGCCUACUCAGCAUCUGGAUACGAGAGAGAUUCUCUUCUCCCGCUGGAAAAUGUGGUUGCCAAGAGGGGUGUUGGUGACUCAAUCAAACGUGGUCUUAAUUGGAGUUAGUAUGGAGUCCGUGCCCCAACACUGUAAUGGAGGUGCCCCGCUGCCUGUUGUGUAAGUUGUGAUGCCAAGUUCUUGGCCAUACGUGAUCAUGUGAACCCCCGUGGAUCUAAGUAAGGGUUUUGUAUUGCUCCUCAGCACCUUCCAUGCACAAUAGGGGGGCAGUACCCAAAUCCCGAAGUGGUCUCCUAUGGAAUUGCUAACUCUUCUCCCUCUGCUGUGUGGGGGUGUGUCUGUUUUGGUUGGUUUGUUUGGGGGGUCUCUUUAGAUUUUUGUUUAAUAACAAAAUGAAGCACAGCGGUGUGAACCCCAGUGUUGGGCACAUGGGGCUAUAUGGUGAGCAUUUUAAUGGUGGCCACAGUGACAAACGAGGGGAGUGAUCUCUAUCAUCCGUUGCAGAGCACUUGCUGCAUGCUAGGUGCUGUAUGGACAGCAGAGAAACCACAGUCCCUGCAAUGAGAGGCUUACAGUCUAAGCAGGCUGCACCUCAGCACUGGGUGAGAUGCAUCACAAAGCAGGGCAAGGAAAUGGGGGCAUCUGACACGUAACAUCUUGGUUUUGUGUCUGUGCACUGGGACCCUGCCUUUGCAGCUCUGAAAUAAGUCACUUCGCCAGCCUCUUUCUGCCCCCUCCUUUGAAAAAAGGGAAACCACGGCCUGAGCCGGCUGCCUUCCAUCCGGUGGCUCUUGCAGGGCUUGGUGGCUGCAGCUGUCUGAGGAGAACUUCCUGCCACUUGCAGGGGAAGGACCCGUCUGCACCUGUUUGUAAUGGGGUCCGUCCAGCACUCGGCCGCCUUGCUUCUCUUCGUCCUCGCAGGCCUCUGCGUUGGCCAGAGAGUAGUGCUGGUUCAGGAAGGACGUCUUUACCGGGCUAGAGGUUAUCACAUCACCAUCUGGUGCAAGGUCAGUGGCUACCAGGGGCCCUCAGAGCAGAAUUUCCAGUGGUCCAUUUACCUGCCAUCUGCCCCAGAGCGGGAAGUGCAGAUUAUCAGCACCAUGGAUCCCUCUUUCCCUUACGCCAUCUACACCCAGCGUGUGCGGAGUGGAGAGAUCUAUGUAGAGAGGGUACAGGGGGACUCUGCCCUGCUGCACAUCAGGGAGCUCCAGGAUCGGGACGCCGGCGAGUAUGAGUGCCAUACACCCAACACCGACGAGAGGUACUUCGGGAGUUACAGCGCCAAGAUGAACCUCUCAGUGAUCCCUGACACCCUCUCCGCCACCAUGACACCGCAGGCCCUCAUCCAAGUGGAAGGAGAUCCACUAGAGCUCACCUGUGAGGUGUCAAAAUCCACAGCUCAACACACCCACCUUUCUGUUGCCUGGUACCAUCUCCAGGGAUCAGGAGAUGGUCAGGCCAUGGUGAUCCUUUCCCUGUCCAAGGAUUUCAUCUUGACUCCGGGCUCCUCCUACACGCAGAGGUUUUUGUCAGAUGUCCGGUUGGACAAGGUUGGGGACACCACAUACAAGCUAUCUAUUGGCAGAGUGCAGCCCUCUGACCAGGGCCAAGUGUACUGUGAGGCGGUUGAGUGGAUUCAGGAUCCUGGUGGAACUUGGAAAGACAUAGCUCGGAAACAAACGGAAAAGACAUCGCUGACCAUCAGAAGCCAUGACAGAGAUUUCCAAGCUAAUAUUGCUGCUGUUGAAAGUUCCCUUGCAGAAGGGGAGCCCUUGCAGGUAAAUUGCUCUGUGAAAGCCCAGAAUAGCCAAAACCGAUGGUUCCAAGUGGUUUGGCUCUUCAAAGGAGUAGAAGUAGCUAGGAUUGACCCACAUGGGGUACUGGCCUUGAAGGAGGAGUAUGAAGAGAGAGCUGCCUUGGGACAUCUCCAAGUGGUGAAGAAAAGCAAUGAGCUGUAUAUCCUCAAAGUAUACCAGGUGGAGUUAAAAGACAAAGGCACAUACAGCUGUAAGGUUUCAGAGAUGGAGAAGGCUUCCACAGGCUUUUCCACCACCCAGUUCAAGACAUCGUCAGACAUUGAUGUCAAUGUGACGCCAAUAGAAAGCCACAUGCACGUGUCUGUGCUCAGCGGCGAAAGUCAGAUAGUGGAAGGAGACACCUUGAUCCUUCACUGUCAGGUGAGCGGAGCAACAAGCCCACUCUCGGUGAAUUGGUGGCACCUGCGAAAGAACGGAGAUCAACCGGAGCACAUAGUUGGGAUGGAACAGGACGGCAUGCUGAGGCCAGGCCCCUCCUACCAGGAACGCAGCGCUAAUAGGGACCUCCGACUAGAGAAGAUGAACUCCACCACGUUCACUCUGGCAAUCUACAACACUUCAGCCACCGAUGAUGGAGGGUCUUACAAAUGUGAAGUGACAGAGUGGUCCAUGGACAGGAGCUGGAAACAGGCACAGGAAACAUCAGUAGCCAUUAGCCCUCUCAGUCUGAAUUUGAGAGCCACACUGAGAAGCCGAACAGCAAAUGUCAAAUUUACUCAGGAUUUUGAACUGUUCUGCCAGGUCUCUGCCACCCAUCUCAUCUCCCAAGUGCCAAUAUCGGUAACUUGGCAAUUCGAGACCAUCCCAGAGGCUAAUGGUUAUCAACAGCUGGUCAAAAUCAUGCCCUGUGGCACCAUCGAGUGGGGGGCUGCCCAACCUCACUUUCAGAGGAAGACCAGAGUCACAAAAUCUGCAUCUUCCUCCGAACUUCUAAUCCACAGUGCCACAGAGCGGGAUGCGGGCAGGUACAGGUGUGAGGUGGAGGUCUGGAGGAGAAGCUGCCAGCAAGCACGACACCCAGCGAUAGCAGCAGCUGCUGCUGUGAAGUCUAACGUUGUGGAGAUAAAGGUCCAUCCACCAGAGAGCAAGCUAAGAGUAAACACAGAAGAUAGAUCCCUGGAGAUCUCUGGUGGCGCAGACACAGAAAUCGAAUGCAGAGUCACAUCACUGACCCAGGGGGAUUCUCAGUUAGCCAUUACCUGGUACUUCUUACCGCCUUCUCCAGCUGAUGCUCCCCCACUGCAAAUCGUGAGGGCCAACUAUAGCAAUAUCCUGGACUACGGUUCAGAGUUCAGCUCUGCUAUACAGAAAUCGAAAUUCCACAGUGAGAGGGUCUCCAGCAACCUGUUCUGGCUGCGUAUUCAGUCUGUGAAUCAUGGUGACCGUGGCAGGUACUACUGCCUGGUAGAGGAGUGGCUGUGGUCACCAGACCGUGGCUGGUACAAACUUGGAAAGAAGGAAUCAGGAAAGACCAUGCUGGAGUUCAAGGUUUCAGAAAACAAACUCCAUGUUGAAAAAACAAACCACAACAUCACAGCCACUGAGAACGAGGACGUGACCAUGAGCUGCCUCCUGCAGGGCCCUUCCCAACCGGCCUCUCUCUUCUCUGCCAUCUGGUUCCAUGGUUUGGAGCACUCUGGGAUGAAAACCCUGGUGAAAGUGCACAUCAACGGCAUGGUGGAGUAUGCUGACGAGGAGAUGGUGGGGAGGCUGCACCUUCGCCGCCCAUCCUUCGGUGACUUCAGCCUGAUACUGCGGAGCGUGGAGCCGGGCGACGCAGGGCUGUACUGCUGCCAGGUGCAGGAGUGGCAGCAGGACAGCAGUGGCACUUGGGUUCAACGGGCGUCGGAAGUGUCGGGGUACACGAGGCUCACUGCGCUGCCUCCAGCUGGUGACCUGCAGGUGCAGGUUGCAAGCUCAGCAGCUGUGCUGCAAGAGAACCAGGGGGACCUCCACCUAGACUGCAACUUCAUCUUGGGAUCGCCCGGCACCAGCGGCACCGCCUUCUCCGUCACCUGGUGGAGAAUGACCGGGGGAGGCAGAGAAGAGUUAUUUAGUGUGAAACACAGCUCUGUGUUUCAGUACGGCCCUGCCACCACCAGCACUGUCAGGAACCGGCUGCGGUUUGAGAGGCCUGGGGAGCUGCAGUACAGAUUGACGCUGCUGAGGCCUGAGGCGUCUGACAGCGGGGACUAUCAGUGCCAUGGGGAGAUGUGGGUGUUCAGCCCUGGGCGCGGCUGGUAUCAGAGGAGUGUAAGGCACUCAGGGAACAUCACUGUGCUGAUUCUUCCAGCAGAGUCAACAAUUUCUUCCAGGGUCUGUUCGUCUCCGUCACUGCUCCACUUCAUCCUAAUCUACCCCCUGAUUCUGUUCCUUGGCCUGAUAGCUGCUUUCCUCUACUUGUAUUUCAAGAACAGGCAGACCCACAAAGAAUCGAUCUAUCAAAGGAAAGGAAAAGAGCUGUGGGUGGAUUUGAAAGGGGCUGGAGAUGUUGAGCCCACUUAUUCUGACCACAGUAAUCUGGAGGAAGAGAUGAAUAAGCUGAAGGAGGAAAAAAUGGACUGAAUGCUGAGGUGGCAUGCAGGGGGAAAGGGACUGUGUGCUGCUGUUCAGUAUCAUAUGCUCUGAACCUUGAAAAUUUGCAUUUUCCUUCAGUCACCUUAAUGUAGCAAAGUAAGAAAGUGAUAGGAGACAGAUUGGAUGGCUAAGGUAAUUGGGACUGGAGCUUUCUUGCCUCUCUACUUGCAUAGGUGCUUAUGUGACUCUCCUCCCAUAAUGGUAGUUUCUGUGGCCUUCAUAAUAUUAAUCAAUUUAUCCUUACAAAAGCCCUGUGAAAAAGGAAGGUACGAUGCCCAUUUUACAGAUGGAGCCUUGAGACAGUGAGAGAUCAAGGCUGAGAUUUCAAAGGGACUUGGACAUCUAAUUCCUGUUAACUUUAAUGGGAAUAAGGCAUCUAAAUUCGAGAUUCGACUUUGAAAAUCUCAGCCUAAGGGACUUGACCAAGGUCCAACAGGAGGUCUGUAGUAGAGCUGCGACCUGAACUCACAUCUUCCAAGUCCUAGUCCAGUGCCUUAGCCACCAGACCAAUUUUCAUCUUACGUUGGCUGGCUCUAGUGCAGUGGUCAGUGGCUAGGGGCCAAAAGUCAUUACCAACUACUUACGCUUGAAUGGUCUAUGAGAGAUGAGUUGGUGGGUCUUAAUCCAGUUCUCAGGGGAAAGGAGUCCUCGCAUCAAUAAUCACAGCUCCAGCUGCCACCAGUUGGCCUCCUUGUUGGCAGUCGUAUCUGAGUGGGCCCUGGAGCCUGGACUCCCCUCCCCUUUCAGAGAGUGGUCCCUUCAGGGCAGGAGGGAGGCACAGUGGCAGAACAGUGUGUGUGUGUAGGGGGGAAAUCUAGAGUCGCUCCUAUUGCUGGGCCUCUGCAGUGCGUAAGUAGAGGCCUUCACUCUCCAACGCUGUCCAUCUAGUGUAUUUCACCAGCAUUAAAUUCACUCCAAAAACAUAAAUGUAAAAAUCCCCUCUAUUUCCCAUUCCAUUCCACCUCACCCACUGGAACACCUCUGUCCAAUGCAUGCUAUGAAUACCCCUCUUUCCGCUAGCCGCUCAGUGCAAAACGACCUGAGUGCCCUGCCCCAUCUGCUAAUUAAAACUCCAGUUGUACCAGCUCUGGCCCGGAACAGAGCUGAUAGGCUCUAUAUUAGGUGAGGGCUGGCUGAGACUGAAAAGAUGUCCAUGUGGAAAACACCCAGCACCUUGGAAAGGUGUCCAAGAAAAGGUCUUACUGUCCCAGCAAGGGAGUUAUAUGGAGCUGGGGAUCACAGAAAGAAACCACAGCUGCCAGGCUAGCUCUGUGUCACUCAUGUAAUCACUUUGCUGUGCCAGACUUUCUGUUUCCAUCCUUUUAUUGGUUGACUCUGGAGAAAGCUGCAUAUAACUCCCCAUGGCUGGCAGGAUGGCUGGGAUGAUGCAGCACCUUUCAGCAAUGACUUCAGCAAAAUUAAUCUCCAGUUCUUUCAAUGCAAUGCACUGUAUGUGUCCAGACUAGCCUGUAAGCUGCUUAGGGCAGGGGCUGAGCACAUAAUUAAUACAUAAGUGGCAAAUCGGGAGAUCCUGGAGCUAUCUGGCAAUGUUUUAACUGUGAUUCUGCUACCACAUGGCUACUCCCACCAGGCUACACUGGUUAUUUGGACAGCAGCAUUCAGAGCCAGUCAGGCAUGCCUCAGAGCCCUGCAGCACAAGAAAGUGAGGGAUCCCAGAGGUUCUAACCUAAAUAUAGAGAAUGUCUGUCUGCUCUUUACACCAAAUGGACAGAUGGACCCGCAGAACUACAGUCUUGGAACACUGCCCGCGUAUAUGUGAUCGCUGAUUUCUCAUUCUCCUGCAAUAUCACCUGUGCCCUGAUUCCCCACAGUUAGUGUUAAUUCUUAUUAAAAGUGAACAAACAGGGUUUUAUUAUAUUUGCCUUACAAUUACAUUUUUCACACCAUACACUCAAAUCAGCAUUAAAACCAAAUAAGGACCGGCUGGCUCAGAGGACCGGUACAAAUGGAAUAUGGAGCCUUUUUUCUCUAGGUUGCUGGCUCCAAUCCAGAUCCAUUUGGUCUUGACUGAAAGUCUCUGCCAUCUGAUUUGUCUUAUGAAAUGUGUGUGUGUGAGAGAGAGCUUUCAGCCCAAUCGUUAGUGGAGAAGUGCAUCCGCUUCCCAAACCCCUCAUCACAAUUUGCAUUAACUUUGGUUGGUACUGGGCCAUGGUCCCAGUGGACUAGGCACAUUAGCAGGAGCUUGUACUGGGUGUGGCUUGCCCUGCUGCUACACGUGCUAAUACCUAUGUUAUAGACAAACCGGUUCCGAUCUCCAGUUUCUGAAUGGAGCGACGUGAGGGCGUUAGAGGCCCAGUGACCGCUGGGCUUGUUGCAUUCUUACUGGUAUUUAAAUAGCAGAUCCUAACAUCCCAUUGGCACAGUAGCUUCCUGGAGAAUUCCACAGUCAGGCCGGGUGGGCUUCUUUGCUGUGGUCCGAUGUUUGUUGAAAAUGUUUUGAAAUCUGCUAAAAUAAAACUGAUUGCACCUGG